AGGAGGAGGAGGAGGAGGAGCAGCAGCAGGUUCCUCCUAUUGCAACAACUCCACCACGUCGUGGCUGGAAGGAGGAAUCCAUAAGCCGCAGCAGUAGCGAAACCCAGGCAUCAGUUACCAGUGGGAUCUCCCUAGGAGAAGUAAUAUGUCAGAAAACUGCCAUUGAUUCGGGAAUUGAGUCAUGGUAUCAGCUUCCAGCAGAAGUGGAUGCCAGCCAUUUAACUGCUGCCUCAGAGACAAAGCUUGGCCUGACUUGUGAUAGAAAUGACCUGACGGAGUUCCCUACGCUGGAGGAAGGAGUGUUGCCUUCAGCAGAAGUGUCUAGAAGGCAGUCUCCUGGAGAUACAGCACAUGGCUUACUGCUGGGGUCAAAUGAUGCUUUUCCUCCAAGGUUUCCGGCAAACAUGCUUGGUUUAAGGGAUGAUAAUCCUCCAGACAGUACAGCUAUCAAGCACAAAGGAGGAAUUUACAGUAAGAGGGCCAAGCCCAAGCUAGCCUGGGCUGAGGAGCAAAUGAUACCGCUGGAAGCUUCCCCAGAAUGCACAGAUCAUUCGAAGUCUGUAAAAACCACUCAUUCGGUCUUCAAAUCUGCACGGUUCUACCUUCAUCGUCCAAUGCCCGUGUGUGAGAGCUACUUCCUGUCUAACAGCGAGCUGUCGGAAGACAGUUCUGGUAUUAGACGUGCUAGACCUUCCUCAGGGCCUGUCUUGCAGAAUCGGAAAAAAGCACAUCGUCAUCAAUGUGGUUUCUCUGUUUGUCAUAAAAAAGGUGGUGAAAACGAAUUCUUUCCACUCACUGCAGAAGCAGAUUACAGCAAGAAUGAGGAUCUAAAUGUUAGUUUGGGGAGUGAAACGUCAGGGAAGGAGCUACUUCAACAUGGCAGAAGAGAAGCAGAACAAAAGGCAGCUAGAAAUUAUCCUGUGCCGUGUAGCCAAACAACUCGCCUUAAUGAGACUGUGGAGAAAGACCUGCCACCGAGACAGAGAACCCACUCCAGUGGUAGAUUAGAUGAACUCUGGAUUAAGUUUUUGGAGUGCCAGAAGAGACACCAGCACCAUGAUUGUAGGAGUAACGGUGAGCUGUCCCUUGUUGAACGCCUCGAUCGAUUGGCCAGGGUCCUUCAGAAUCCCAUUAAGCAUAUGCUAAUACCAACAAAAUCUGAAAAGAAUGUUUCUGAAAAGAAAAUUAAGGGAAGAGAGCAGAAGAAAAUAAGACUGACAGAAAAGAGCAUGUCUGAAAGUACCUUAAAGCCUAAUGCAACACAUGUUGAAGAAAGACCAUGUAUCACCCAUGAUAAAAAUAACCUUGUUGAGCUCAGGAAAAAUGGGUCAGGAGAAAAAAUUAUCUGCCACAUGAAUAAAAUUUUGGAGCACCAGCAGUACUUGGAAACUCCUAGUGACACUUCCUCAGAGACAAGGCUUAGUAGGGAUCAUGGCACCACAAUCAGUUCCACCACCUCUGAAUCAGAUGUGGUGACCCAAACAGAGAUGGAAACUGCUACUCAGACUGAGGAGAGCAGUUCCAUUUCCACCAUUGAUACUGCCAGGCUGAUCAGGGCUUUUGGGCAUGAAAGAGUGCGGGUGUCACCAAGACUCUCCCAGCUUUAUCAUACCAUCAACCACCAGAAAAGCCGCUCUGAAAAGUGGGACAAGGGAAGUGGCAAAGCAGUCGGUGUAGAAUAUCCAAAGGUUACUUCUGAGAGACACAGGAAAAGGAAAGAGAUCCAGAAGGUAGUCUCCCUUUCAUCAGAUUUACCUUCUGCAAGCAGCAGUUCAUGGGGGCCAAGCUCUGCUCUUAGUAACAAGCGGCGGACACGGAUGCUAAACAAAGGUAUCCAAGCAGGAGACUUGGAGAUUGUGAACAGUGCAACUAAGAAAAACACUCGAGAUGUUGGUGUGACUUUUCCUACCCCGAGAUCUAGCCAGCCAAAUCAAUGGCUGCAGGAACCCUGGCAUUGUGUUGAUGGUAAUUUUGGGGAGUCAGAUGGUAUGGUCACAGAUCAUCAGGCAGCAGGAAGCAAGGGUAAGCAGAAGGGACAGCCAGGCAAUUUUUUUGUGGAGAAAAGGACGAAAAGGAGCAGGCUGCAUUUACCACAAGGGAUUUCAUGGUUCGUCCAAGCAGAAGACUUGAAAUCUGAAUCUAGGAAAGAAAACCAUUCCAAUUCCUUUUCUGGUCCUGGUCCGUCUUGGUUUGAACCAUUGACCAGCACAAAGCCUUGGAGAGAGCCUCUCCGAGAGAAGAACUGGCAAGAGCAGCAGCACAGCAAUGUGAUUCAGCCAGCAGUUCCAGAAAGAGAUGCUGAGAACAGGUCCUCGCGGCCGCUCGUGAAGCUUACGCUACAGGAGGCUCUUGCAGUGCACCGCCCUGAUUUCAUCUCCCGCUCUGGAGAGCGUGUGAAGCAUCUGAAGCUUGUAAUGGAGGAGAGGAGGAUACAGAGCGUACUGCAGUCUGAACGAGAAGAGCUAUUUAAUCCUCCGGAGAAAAGAAGGGGCUACAGGAAUGCAAGUCACGUGCAGUCCGACAGAGGUUUCCUGAUUAGAGAAAAGAGAACAAUUCCAAAGAGUGAAAUGGUUCAAAGAUCUAAACGGAUCUAUGAGCAGCUGCCAGAGGUGCAGAAGAAGCGAGAGGAAGAGAAGAGAAAAAUGGAAUAUAACUCAUACCGCCUGAAAGCACAGCUUUACAAAACGAAAAUCACCAACCGUGUUUUAGGGAGGAAGGUGCCUUGGAACUGAUAAAGAUCUCCUGUUCACAUGAAGGUGUAUUGCGCUUAGUAAACUUGCGGCGUAAAGGAGAUUGUGACGUGAAGACAAUAAUGCAGUAAAUACUCGUGCAGUGUAUGUUUUGUGGUAUUCACUUGUGUCAUUUUUGUACUCAUAUAAUCUUGCCGUAUUUAAGAAUCAAUGAUUUGAUACGAAUGACAGGUUUUUAAAUAAAUGGCUGUUUUUUGUAGUGGUGUUAUGCACUGCCAAAGUAAACAUAGUUUGGAAGUACUUGGUUCAUAAAUAUAUUUAUAACUACCUGAUUGGAAUAGCACAUUUAUAUAUUUAUUUUAAAUUGUUUUUAACAAUGAUUUUUAAAAUUUUUUUAUUUCCUAUCUCAGUGUAGAAAACUGACUUGUAAUGUUUUGGACUGCAAAACCCCCUUAAAUAAACAACAUCAGACCAGUU